AUGGAAUCAAGCGCCAAUGAUCAUCCUCUGACCCUAAGUGGAAAAGUGGCCAUUGUCACUGGAGGGUCGCGAGGAAUCGGAGCUGCUACCGCUUUAGAGCUCGCGAAGCGUGGAGCCAAGAUCGCAAUUACCUUCGUGUCUCCCAGCAGCGAGGAACUGGCAGACCAAGUCAUCACUAGCAUCAACGAACUCGGCAACGGCGCUUCCGCAAUCAAGAUUAAAGCGGACAUGCGCAGCCUGGACUCUCCAAAGAGAAUUAUCGACGAAACCACGGCGGCAUUCGGAGAUUCCAUCGAUAUCCUUGUCAACAAUGCAGGCGUGGAGUUUGGCAAGCCUCUUGGAAAUAUCCGUGUCGACGAAUACACUGACAUUCUGGAUGUCAAUGUUCGCAGCGUCAUUUUCAUGACACAGGCUGUGCUUCCUCAUCUUCGCAGCCCGGGCCGCAUCAUCAAUAUUGGGUCUGUUCUGGGACGUAUUGGUCGUCCGGGGGCAAGUCUGUACUCUGCAACCAAGGUAGCGUUGGAGGCUCUGUCCCGUGGGUGGGCGUCGGAAUUGGGGGCUGCUCGGCAUACUGUCAAUGUUGUUGCCCCUGCCCUGACAGAGACUGACAUGAUAGCCCGCGCGACGGGAGGCCCGGGGUCGGAGCAGGCUGUUCAAAUUCAAAAGUCAAUGACACCUGUUGAGAAUAGAUUGGGGAAGGCUGAGGAUAUCGCGCUUGUUGUGGCGAUGCUUGCGGAGCCGUCGAGCAGAUGGAUUACUGGUCAGACUAUCCAGGCUGGUGGGGGAAUCUACAUGUCGUGA